AAAUUUUUUAAAUUUAUCUUCAAUAACUUGAAUAAUAAAAGAGAUGUCUGGGACUUGCAUCCCCUCCCUUUGAUGAACGUCUUCUUUGAAUGUUAUGACAUAUGAUUUAGGAAUCGCUUCUGUUGAACAAUUUAUUAGGUGCCGCUAUUUACCAUUUUAUGCUUAUAAGAAAAAGAAAAGAAAGAAACCUCCCAAGAAUAAAAGAAAUAAUUUACCAAUGGCAUCGUUAGCAGUUUCGAAUAGUAAAGACAAUUAUUAUUUUAAAGAGAAUGAUUAUACCUCGUCUAGACAACUCUUUCCAGAUGAUCCUAUUCCUAGAUCCACUUCACCUGAAUGUAUAGAAACAGUCUCAACACAUCCUCAUGAUAUAUGUCCUUCAUUAAUAAACAGUGGAAGAGAAGGAUCGAACGAUACAGUCUCCUCUAUUGAAACACCUGUUUCUUCUUUAUCCGUAACGACCGAGACGAAGACAGUAAAGCCUAUCCCUGUUAAGAAACCUAAAAAACGGCUCAGUAAUGUCUUUAGCAGUAGUUUAUUUGGUAGUUUAAAGAUGACACCCGCUUCUCCUAAACAUCAUAGUCCAUCUGAACUUUCUUCAUCAGAGGAGACAAGCGGUCAUCAUAGAAGCUUCAGUGGUGCCUCUGGAAAUAGUUCAAGUUCGGUCAGUAGUACAGCAAGUCGAAUUAGUAAAUCUCUUUCUCGUAUGAUGAGUUCUUCAUUCAAGAAAACACCUUCAGACAUGACAUGCGGUACCUUUGGUGUUGUACCUUUAUUAUCUGAAAAAUACGGUGAUUAUGUUAAGCCUGAACAUCGUUCCACGAAAGGAAUGGGAUCAACUUCCAAGAAGAACCUUGCAAGUGGUGCAACAGCUGUGAUUCGGUUAGUACGACAAAGACCAGGUGAUCGUAUUUUAGCCGUCAAGGAAUUCAAGAAGCGUGAAAAAUCUGAACAUGAACGAGAAUAUCAAAAGCGUAUGCUGAAUGAAUAUACCAUUAGUAAAUUUGCUUCUAAUUUUAUUCAUAUUGUUGAAACGAUGGAUCUUGUGAAAGAUGAAAAGGGUCGUUGGUGUGUAGUAAUGGAAUAUUGCUCUGGUGGUGAUGUUUUCAAUUUGUUACAUGAAAAAUCAAGCAUGAAUUUAGAUGAUGCAGCUUGUUUAUUUAAACAACUCUUAUUAGGAUUACAACAUCUUCAUAAACUUGGUAUUGUUCAUCGUGAUAUAAAGCCUGAAAAUUUAGUGUUGACCUCUACAGGUACUUUAAAGAUUGCAGAUUUCGGUGUAGCAGAGGUGGUUCAAACUUGUUUUGAAAAGGAAGCUCAUUUAUGUAAAAAAUGGUGUGGUUCAGAACCUUUUUGGUCACCUGAAAUGUGGAGAAUUAAAGAUGAUACAACACUUUAUGAUGGUAAGGCACUUGAUGUCUGGAGUGCAGCUACUACUUACUUUUGUAUUCGAUUUCAACAAUUACCUUUUGCUGCUUCUUUCUUUACUGGUAAACCAGCUGGUAAGCCACCUCAAGGUUCAAUGGUAGGUUCACCUGCUGCAGUUGCUGCUCAAGCUGAAGAUGGGGGUGACUUGGAUUAUAAACGUUAUAUCGAUCAACGUAAAAAACUAGAUCCAAGUGAUUGUGAACUCUUUAAGGAUUUUACACAGCCUGAACGAGAAUGCCUUGCUUAUAUGUUAGAUCCUGAUCCAACUACUCGAUGGACGAUAGAUCAAGCCUUAAAAUGUUCUUGGAUGGACACAUUUGAAGUAUGUAAGGAUGGCCAACUCUCUAAUGGUUAUUAUCAUAGUCACCGUAUUAUUCCUUUAAAAUAGAGUUUAUUUACCCUAUUGUAUAUUUUAUUUUAUUUUACUUUACUUUAUUUUACUUUUUCUCUCUUAUAUAUAUCUAUAUAUACAUAUAUCUUGUAUUAUGAUACAUCUCUUAUUUUAUUUCCUUAUACUAUCCUUUCCUUUUUGUAAACACUCUCAAUUUUAUUAUUAUUUUAUUGUAUUAUACUUCUUUUGUAUUAGUAUGGCUUACUCUUAUUGACUUUUUUUUUUUCUUAUUAAAAAAAUAAAUGAAUAAUAUACAC